AUGAAUCCCUCGCCAUACCGUUCGUUUGCCUCUCGGCCUUUGAUGCUGAGUCUGGCCAAAAUCUUUCUCGUCGCCAUCUCGCAGAUUCCCUUGUCGACUGCGGCACCUAUCAUCUCCUCUCUCCGUGUCUCACCUCGCGACACGGAACCACCAAAAGAACCGAGCGACCCGAGUUUAUGGCUUUACUUAGGCAUUUCAGCUGCUCUUGUGCUCAGCGGUGGCGCAUUUGCAGGUCUUACCAUUGCCUUGAUGGGACAGGAUGAAGUUUAUCUCCAGGUCAUCAAAACAUCUGGCGAAGGGGCUGAGAGAAAAAAUGCUACUAGUGUUCUCAAUCUUCUGAAUCACGGGAAACACUGGGUCCUCGUGACACUCCUCCUUAGCAACGUUAUCACAAAUGAGACUUUGCCCAUCGUCCUGGACCGGACACUUGGUGGUGGUUGGCCGGCAGUGUUAGGGAGCACAGCUUUGAUUGUUAUUUUCGGCGAGAUCGUCCCUCAGUCGAUUUGCGUUCGUUAUGGCCUUCCAAUCGGUGCUUGGAUGGCACCCUGCGUCUUGGUUUUGAUGUACAUCAUGUCUCCAGUCGCCUGGCCAAUCGCAAAACUUCUGGAUAGGCUCCUCGGGGAAGACCAUGGUACGAUAUACAAAAAGGCCGGUUUGAAAACACUCGUCACCCUUCACAAAACCUUGGGUGAAGCCGGGGAGCAACUCAACUCCGAUGAGGUGACCAUCAUUAGCGCCGUUCUUGACCUCAAAGAGAAGUCAGUAGGCAGCAUCAUGACACCCAUGGAAGAUGUCUUCACCAUGUCGGCUGACACUGUCUUGGACGAACGCACGAUGGACCUCAUUCUUUCCCAGGGAUAUUCUCGUAUUCCCAUCCAUGCUCCUGAUAAUCCGAUGAACUUUGUCGGUAUGCUCCUUGUUAAGAUGCUCAUUACCUACGACCCAGAAGACUGCAAACGAGUCCGCGACUUUGCUCUGGCUACACUGCCUGAAACACGCCCUGAAACCAGCUGUUUAGAUAUUGUGAAUUUCUUCCAGGAGGGCAAGUCCCAUAUGGUUCUUGUCUCUGAGUAUCCUAGUGAGGAUCGUGGCGCCCUUGGGGUUGUCACCUUGGAAGAUGUUAUUGAAGAAUUGAUUGGAGAAGAAAUCAUUGAUGAAUCUGAUGUUUUCAUUGAUGUUCACAAAGCCAUUCGGCGCAUGACGCCUGCACCAAAAUCUCGUGUUCCUAAAGGCAAGAUCGUCGAGGAGCCACCUUUGAAUGCUGCUAUUAUCACUGAUGGCGACUUGAUUGACGUGGAUUCCCCAAAGCCCUCUUCACUUCCCAAGCCUUCCGACUUGGUUCGACGCCGUAGUUCCGUGGAAGCGCCCCUCCCUCGUUUCCAACUCCGCAAAACAAAUGCCGAUGCAACUCCCAACUCCUCUAAUGAAUGGGUCACACAAGUCGGUACCACAGAUGAAAUUCGAGAACAUCUGAAACAUCUUGGGCCGUCCAACCUUGCCAGUCGUCCACGACAAACCCGCUACCAUGCUGUCAAAAUCAAGCGCAACAGCACCUCUCCCUCCCGCUCUGCACAAACUGACUUUGAGUCCGGUCAUAUCAUCUCCGACUCCCAAAAACUUAAUACGUCUUCCACUGGUUAUCAAGGUGGUAUUGGUGCUGGCUUACUCAACUCUGCUGGACCAGAUGCCAAGGACGGUACACACAGUUUAAAAACAUGCUACGGUACCAUGAGCCCGCAUGACAGUGUGAGCAAAGGCACCAGUGCUCAACAGUUCAAAGACCUUCCCCAAGUCUCUAUUCCGGAAGCUGUCCAUGAGGAGCACGAAGAUCAACCGCGUUCUGGGUCGACGCGCAAGCCUGGCAGUGCCGAAGGCAGUGUUCGAUCCUCUAAUUCACCUACAUCAUUUAUUUACCACCAUCGUGGACCAGCACGCAGUGGAAGUAUCACAGAACAGGUUGUGGAUGUCAACGGUAUACGCAAAGUUGUCCUCCACGCCAAUUGCACAAGCUCCUCAGACGGUGAACCGCACCAAGCAGGUCACCAUCAUAACCACAACCACAAAAAAGAUGUGGUUCUUGAGACCGAUGAUACAAAAUCUCAAAAUCCAGACAAAGGCCUUCCAAAAUCCAAAAAGAAGCGCCGCCGCAAGAAGCACAGUAAAGCUUCAAAAACUGAUGACGGUCCCUCUGAGGAUCAACCACUACUGAAAUGA